UCUUAAGUCCAUAAAUAGGUGUCCUUUGCUCUAAAGUCCAUAUAGUAACCCAAACCCUAUGUCCAUUCAGUUAUAACCUCACUGAACAGGCAAACAGCUUAUACGCUUGACUGUAAUUUGAGACACUUUUUGUAGUGAACAAGGAACACAGUUUGUACUGUUGCAAGUAGUAGUAGAUUUUAACUUUACUUAAAUUACAAAAAUGGCUGAGUCACCCUCCAUUCCCAGUGAUGUGAUGGAAGAGAAUGAAAACCUUCACCAGCAAGUGAGGGAAUUCAAAAAUGAGAACGAAAACCUCCGACAAAAUAUUGAAAUGCUUCUCAUACAACUCAAAAGCUCUGAAGAUGAGAAAAAUAUAAUUAGGCAAUAUAACAAAACUCUGGAACAGGAACUUACCAAAACGAUAAAUGAUUGUCGGAUGGAACUUACCAAAACGAUAAAUGAUUGUUGGAUGGAAAUGAGACGAAAUGAAGAGGUUCUGCAAGAAGAAAUGCACCGUCAACAGGAAGAGUAUGAAAUGGAGAAGCUGGCAUUGCAGCAAAAAGUUGAAAAUCUCCAAAGGAACAACCAGGUGUUCACAACGGAAAAUGAUGUUACAAUACGGAGCAUGGGUGGCCUGAACCAGACUUUUCAAAAGGAAAAAGAUAAAAUGAGACAACAAAUCCAGGCUCACCAAAAUGACAUCCAUGAGGCAAACACAACCCCGGAAACUUUCAAAGAAUUUAAGGAACUGUUUGAGGCAAUAAAGCAGGAACUUGAGUUUCUGAACAAUCACAACCAAGACCUGAAACAAGACAUUGAAGCAAAAAACAUUGCUGUUCAGGAAGAAAUUCAGGAGCUCAAAUCUGUUUUGCAAGGACUCAAAUCCGUUGAAAAUGACAGUAACAGAAUAAGGCAACAAAACAAUGGUCUGAAACAGGAAGUCCAGGAGCUUACCAAAAAGUUGGCUGAUUGUCAGAAGGAAAUGAGACAAAAUGAAGAGGCUCUGCACGAAAAAAUGCGCCGUAAGCAUGAAGAGUAUGACAUGGAGAAGCUGAAAUUGGAGUUCAUAGUUGAAGAUCUUGAAUCGAACAACCUGGCAUUCAGAUCAGAACAUGAUGCUACAAUACGGAGCAUGUGUGACCUGAAGCAGACAUUUCAAAAGGAAAAAAAUAAAAUGAGACAGCAAAUCCAGUCUCUCCAAAAUGACAUUCAAGAGGCAAACGCAACCCUAGAAACUUUCAAAGAAUUUAAGGGCCUGUAUGAGGAAUUAAAGCAGGAAAAUGAGUCUCUGAACAAUCAAAACCAAGACCUGAAACAAGAAAUUGAAGCAAAAAACAUUGCUAUUCAGGAAGAAGUUCAGGAGAUCAAAUCUGUUUUGCAAGGACUCAAAUCCUUUGAAGAAGAGAGUAACAGAAUAAAGCAACAAAACAACGCUCUGGAACAGGAAGUCCAGGAACUUACCAAAAAGUUGGCUGAUUGUCAGAAGGAAAUGAGACAAAAUGAAGAGGCUCUGCAAGAAAAAAUGCAAGUGCCUGAUAAAGGUGAACCCCAUCAAAGUAGUUUUGAGCUCACACCUAAUUCCAAUGAGUCAACUGAAAAGGAAGAGAGGAUCAAAACAAGCGAAAAUACAGACCUGGAGGAAAAAAAUAAGGACAUCCCUACAGAAAGUUCAUCUCACAUGGAAACUCCACAAGAGCAGACGUUUAAACCCAGUGACGUGGAGGAAAAGGAUCAGCGGAGAUGGAUAACAUGGCUUCAAGGUGCUGCCUUGCAUUUUGCAUUUUCUGACUACAUCUAUCCCCAUUUCUGAAAGGCAGUUCGCAGUAAGGGGAGCAUUUCUUCCCCACUUCCAUCUUUCGACUUCCCAUGUGUAUACACUCCUACAAUUCUUUCCCCUCAAGCCCCAUAGACAGUAUAGAACAGGGGUGUCCAACUCCAGUUCUCGAGAGCUACUAUCCUGCAGCUUUUAGAUGCAUCCUUGUUCUGACACACCUGAAUCCAAUGAAUGGCUUGUUAUCAGGCCUUUGCAAAAACCAGAUGUGAUAAGCAGCAGUGGAUCAAGAAAGAAAGCCGUUUUCCUAUAGAUUUCUAUAGGUUUGCAUCAGGCUAGCUGUUGCCAUCUGGUAGACUUCAGACCGAAUGUACGCUUAAGGUUCUUCUGUAUUUGCUUCAUGUUUCCAACGAACAAGCUAUGUCCAUGUUUUGUACCAUCUAUGCCCCAACCAGUCGCGGAAGAUGGCUGCCCCUUCCUGAGCCUGGUUCUUCCCUAGGUUUCUUCCUGUUAAAAGGGAGUUUUUCCUUCCCGCUGUCGCCAAGUGCUUGCUCAGAGGGGAUCGUUAGAUUGUUGGGGUUUUCUUUUAUAUUGCAGGUUCUUUACCAUGCAAUAUAAAGUUCCUUGAGGCCACUGGCUAUGAAUUGGCCUAAAUUAGCCAGUGGUCACAUUACAUACAUAGCUAUUUAUCAACCAUCAUUUGCAUUCUAUAUUCCAAAUGGUUCAAUCUGUUGAUUUGGACGUAGUGUUUUCAGUGGCAGAAAUGUUUCGUCAGUCAUCCAAGUGACUGACGGAGAACGUUUCUCCCACUGAAAACGUUCCGUCCACAUGAACAGAUUCAGCCUUUUGGGAUUUACGUACCUGGAUGACUGAGCAUGCAUCAGUGCAUUCUACAUAAUUUUUCCAUCUUCUUUGUAUGGUUGAUUAUAAGAUUAAUGGAGAUUUUCUCCAUUUUCUUGAACUGGGUUGGAAACUAUUCUUAGCAUGAGCUUUAAUUAACAUAAUUUGCUGAUAAAAUAAAAAGAAAUUGUGA